GCUGCUCACGUUCGGAUCAUCGGGAGACACCAGGAACAGAGGCGUGAGGCAGCUAGCAAGAAGGGCUUUCAGGUUCCCAGCAUCCCAAAAGGUGCUAAAAGCAAUGGGUCGCCUACGGUUGGCGCUGUUGUUGCCUUGCGUUCUAGCCUUCGUCGCUGCGGUGCCCGCCGGUGCCGACGACGAGUCUGACGAUUACUUUGAGUUCACCUGCCCGAAGCCGGACGGCCAGUUUCCGGAUCCGUACCAGUGCGACCGGUACUACGAGUGUGACGAGGGGCGCGUCACCGAGCGCCUCUGCCCGGACGGGCUCGUCUUCAACCCGGACAGCAAGCUGGUCAACAAGUGCGACCAGGUGUUCAACGUGCCCUGCCACGAGCGGAAAGAGUUGCAACCUCCGAAGCCCGUGGGAGUGUGUCCGCGGCAGAACGGAUUCUUCCCGCAUCCGGAUCCGUCAAUCUGCAACAUCUUCUACAACUGCAUCCAUGGGCGCGAACUGGAGAUGACGUGUGUGGCCGGGCUACACUUCUACCAGCCGACCGGAACCUGCGUUUGGCCGGACAUGGCCAACCGGCAAGGAUGCGGCAGUAACGCCAACAAAAAACUGAGCGACGGCUUCCAGUGUCCGAAGGAUGGGCCGAAGGCGGACAAGAACGGGCAAACAGUGACGCACCCGAACUACCCGCAUCCGGACGACUGCCAGCAGUUCUACAUCUGUCUGAACGGGAUCGAGCCACGCAAGGGCACGUGCGAAGAGGGCACGGUGUACAACGAGGACCUGCAGCGUUGUGACGAGCCGGAAAACGUGCCCGGAUGCGAGGACUGGUAUAGCAGCGAUCCCGCAGCAGCAGCAGCAGCAGCAGGAGAUGCAGUCUAACCACCAAAUGGCUGGGAGCUUCUUUCUGGCGUACAAGCAACCAUGCGGACCACAAAUGAGCCAGGCCAGACGCUGGCCAGCGGCUAACGUGAAAUGUCAAGUAAAAUGUCACUAGUACAAAUCC